GAAUUUGCGAAAGUUGGAUUCGCCCCUCUGUACUCUUUUCUUGAUUUUGAUUGGCCGAGAAGCGGAAACGCCCUUGCCCACUCCCCCACCCUCUCGUGAUAUAGGUGUUGGAAUCUCCGCACUCGCACGAGAUCGGAAUUACAUUUAUGUAAUCUUGAAUUACUUUCAGAUUUGUACGCAUUUCGAUGAUACAGGAGUGAUCUAAGCCUGCCUAUUUGAAUCGGGACACGGCUCGAGUGAAAAAAGCGAUAGAAAACCAGCAUGUCGAAGCCCCGUUUGACCUAUUUUGAUGGCAGAGGAUUUGCAGAAGUAUCUCGUUUGGCUUUGAGUGCUGCAAAAAUUGAGUAUGAUGAUAUUUACCUCAGAACCCGUGAUGAAUUUUUGCAGUUGAUCACAGAUGGUAAACUGAUGUUUAAACAAGUUCCCCUGCUCGAGAUCGAUGGUCAGAAUCUUAUUGGGAGUGAGUGCAUUCUUCGAUAUAUCUGCAACAAAGGAAACUUACAGGGGAAACCAGAGGACCAAACAAAAAUUGAGAUGCUAUCCAUGGGAGCGAGGGACAUGCUUAAAGCAGGAUUCUCUGGUGCAAAGUUUCAAGCCACACCGGAGAAGGAAGAGGAGAUGUUGCAGAAUGCAGGAAAGCAGAGCAAGGAGAGGUACCUACCAGUCUUUGAGAAGGUUUUGGGCGAGAGUAAAUCUGGUUUCCUAGUAGGAGAUUCCCUCACCAUGGCUGAUCUUAUGUUCUUUGACAGUGUAAGCUACGUGAAUGAUCUCUCUCAGAUUCAGCCUUUGUUAGCAGAUUUUCCAAAUUGCAAGCGCUUUAUUGAGCAUUUCUCCAGCCAACCAGGGAUCAAGGAGUACCUGGCUAGCCCCAGGCGCCACCCACCUCCGUCUGAUGAAUACGUUCAGGGUGUCAGGAAAGUUCUCAGUCCACCAAGCUCUUAAAGGAAUAUAGUGUGCUACUGUGCUUUACUCUCUUGUGUGUGCUUAUGUAUAUAGAAUCAGGUUGACAGAUCAACUGUAUUUUGGUGCAUGGCUGGGUUGAGGAAUUUAGCAUUAAACGAGUCUAGCACUACAGAUUAGUGGGUAAUUACGUUAAAAACUAAUUAGCUUGCAUGUCAUCUGAACAGGUGUAUUGGGAAAGUCAUGGUCUUGUACUUAUCCAAAGGUGUUAGGUUUGAAAGCCACUCAUGCCAUGGUUUUUUUUUUCUUUAAUAGUUGGUGACAUUGGCAUUUAUUUUGUCAAUUUAAACUCUCUCUGGUGUUAAUGGUAUUUAUUUAGUCAUUAAAAUAAAUAAAUGCUAACAUGCCUCAACCCAGCCGUGCACCAAUAUAUGCUACCCUUCUAUCAAUAACAACUUACAAGAAUCUGAUUCUCUCAUAAAAUGUGUGUACUUCAGUAAAUGAAGUAAAAAUUUUAAAGUGCUGGAGGUCAAUCCCUUUAAAUUAUCCAAAACUUUUUGAGAAAUAAAGGGCUGUACUGGUAAUCACACUCUCCCCUCAGUAACAAGAAACUGACAAUCAAUUCUACCCAGUUCACAUCAAAUGGAGCCUCAGAAAAAUUGUAGAUUGAUGUAACCCCCCCC